AUGUCAUUCGGCGCCUUUGCAGAACCAGCUGUAGUGGUCAGUAUUCUCGUCGCGGGAGUUGUCUUGAAUCGUAGGAAAGACUCAGAUGCAUGGGCACCUCUUUCUCCAACAAGCGAACCUCUCCUGGCCACUGGAGAUGCUCCAUAUCGCGAACGCCAAGUAUUUGGCUACACCGUCCGCUCUCGAAAUACCGCUGUUCACCGAAACUCGUUUGCUUCUCGAAUCCUUAGACGAUUCCCUUUCCUCGUGGAAGUUUGGUACUGGUUAUUGGUCUAUUGGACAUACCAACUAGCGAGGGCGUUCACUGCAGUCACGCUCAAGGACGAUACCCUUGCAGUAUCUCGCGAACAUGCUCUUUCCCUAAUUCACCUCGAGCAACGACUGGGUUUAUUCAUCGAACCUGACGUUCAAGCGUAUACGCUUGCCCGACCAGCGCUAAUGGGGGCCCUUAACCGCAUCUAUUCGUUCAUCCACAUUCCUGGGACCAUAUCUUUCCUCGCUUGGCUUUAUGCCGCCGCUCCACAAACUCUCUUCGAGGCUCGCCGUCGAACCUUGGCAGUUAGCAAUCUGAUGGCAUUCGUUGUCUUCACGUUGUGGCCAUGCAUGCCUCCCCGUCUCCUCCCGGCCUCAGAUGGUUUCGGCUUCAUUGACACCGUACAUAAGGGUGAAGUUGCGAGCGUGUGGACGACGAACAAGUUUUGUAACCAACUUGCCGCGAUGCCAUCUCUCCACUUUGGAUACAGCUUCGUAAUCGGGCUUACCAUCGCAACACUGCCAUCUCACGGCCACUCUCGCUUCCUCACUCUCGCGAAGUGGAUUGGUGGCAUGUCAUACCCUGCUUUAAUCCUCGUUGCCAUCGUCUCCACAGCCAACCAUUAUGUCUUGGAUGCUUGCGCUGGAUUCGUCGUCGCUAGCAUCGCGUGGAACAUCAACGGUGUGCUCAAAAGUCUGCUCGUUAUCGAAGACUCGUUCUUCUACCUCUUGCGAGUCCAUAAACCCCGUGGAGCUGAUGAAGACACUCAAGGCAAAUUAUUCAGCCCCGUUCUGGAAAUGAGCGAGGAAGCUGGUUGGCGGAGGGCUUAG